ACUUUCUAGAUAAUCCAAAGAAAAAGAAUAACAAAGAUGCAUUCGAUAACUUAUUAGAUUUCAAUCAAUCUUCGAAGAAAUCUCUCCAUCAGCUCUCACAAACACCGCCAGCACCUGCACCAGCUGCGAAUGUAGACAGCAACUGGUCUGGUUUAGAUAUGCUAUCUACUAUGGGAAGCCGCACAUCCAAUAAUACACCACAGAAGUCAUCUUCUAAUGAUCUUCUCGGAGACGAUUCCCUUAUCGAUGACUUUGGAUUGCUCGACGUUUCAAACAGCGCACAAGCAUCUCAGAAAGCCUCAACUACCAACAGCGAUGAUGGAUUUGACAUUUUAGGUGAUUUAGCUAAGCCUGUGCAACAGCCGCAGCAAUCUGCAUCUCCUCUAGCAAAGAGUACGCCCUCACCUACACCAAGGAGCACUUCUCCACCACCGCAUUUAGUUGGACAGCUUGUUGAAAUGGGUUUCAGUCCCGUCGACGCGUCACAAGCUCUCAAGAGCGCUAAUAUGGAUGUCUCAACUGCAGCAACGAUGCUUAUUAGCCAAUCAGUCGAUAGUAACAAACCUACAACUCCACAAGAAUCUCAGCCGCCUGAACAACAACGACCUAACCAAUCGCGACAAUCUCCAGCUCCUCAGAAGCAAACAGACGCAGCUGACGAAUUGAUACAGCAGGCAUCAGCUAUUGGCUCUGAUUUGUUCACUAAAGCAUCUUCAUAUUGGUCAGUUGGAAAAAAUAUGGCACAAAAGGCGAUAGAGGAACAGCGUCAACGUGUAGUCAAACAACAAUCAGACGAUGAUCGACUGAAGAAGGAGCGGGAAAGGAAGGAAUACGAAGAGCGUAAAAGGCGUUGGGAGGAAGGUGCCUCUAGUGGAUUCAAAGAUGAUGAUGAGCCUGUCCAAAGUAACUCAUUCAUCCCGUCAGAGUUUAAACGACCUGAGAGGCCCGCGCCAUCGCGACAGUCAUCAAACAAUUUCCAAGAACCGUCCAGGCCAGCUUCACAGCAGUCUAGUGGUAGCUUAUUGGACGUUUUCAAACCGAAAUCUUACGUCUCUCCUGCCAGGCAUGCCGUUAGAUCUCGUACUUCUACACCACCUCAGGCUCAAACACCGGUGAAGCCAUCUACGCCUAAAAAGCAACGUGUCAACCCGCAAAUAUCGCAACAAGCGUUGGCGCAAUCGAAUGAACUUCGUAUGAAGGGUAAUGAGGCUUUCAAACUGGGAUCAUAUGGUCAAGCUGUUGAUUACUACGAAAAAGCAGCUACAAAUAUACCACCAAAUCACAUCCAGUCUGCAAUCAUACAGACGAAUCUUGCUACAACUCAUAUAAAAAAUGGUGACGCCGAUAGUGCUAUAAAAGCUGCGACUGCUGCUAUUGCAACCAUAAAUGAAGAUUAUGAGGUCAGCGAUGGGGUAAAUGUCCUAGAGACAGCCUCCAAAUCCUACAGAUCUCGUGCAAAUGCUCACGAGAUGAAUGAAAAGCAUGCAGACGCACAAAAAGACUAUGAGAAGCUGAUUAGCAUAUCCAGCAAGAUACCAAACAUACAGAGUCAAGCAAUAGAAGGCCUCAGGCGUGCGAAAGCAGCACAGGAACCAAAGAAGAAUGUAUCAACAAAUGCGAAACCAGCCAACGCUUCUAUCAAAGCUGCCGGAGAAAAAGCUGCAAAAGCUGCAGUCGAGAGGUCAAAAGCAGCAUCACUGCAAGAAGCAGCUGAAGACACACAAAAGCAUGCUCUUAAAGAUGGUGUCGACGCCCGUCUUCUUACUUGGAAAGCUGGCAAGGAAAAUAACAUUCGUGCUCUGCUUUCAUCUGUCGACACCGUCCUCUGGCCAGAGCUCGGGCUAAAGAAGUUCGGGAUGCAUGAGCUCGUCACAGACGUAUCUGUCAAGAAAGUCUACAUGCGGGCUGUCUCUAAGGUUCACCCUGACAAGAUAAAUGCCAGAACAAGCACACUAGAACAACGAAUGAUAGCUCAAGGUGUAUUUGCUACUCUCAAUGAAGCAUACAACAAACAACGCUAAAAUGGAUCUAUAAUACAGAAAAUAUUAUACAAUUACGAAUUGCUAGUGAGCAGCUGUUCGGAAGUCCUCCGACGGAUAUUCCUAUUGUUACUCUCAUUAUGUUGGGAGAUAAAAUCAUCAAUCUCAUCUAGAUUCUCCUCAAAACGAGUGCUAGAAGUUCUGAUAGGACGACCACGACCUAGACGAGAAUGAGGGUGUCUGCUAAGAGAUGAGCGCGUGUGUGAGAGGUGAGCCUGCUCGCCUCGCGUUUCGAAUACUUCCAUAAACGGAUAGUCAUCUCCGGUGUAGACCUCCUCACUGGGAUAUGGUGAGUUUUCAGCGCGUAAGAAGGGCAAAAUGCUAGUUCGUGAUCUUGCAGGUGAUGAUGAUAACUGAAGUGUGUGCUUAAUCAGAUCGUCUACUAUCGCCCGAGUCUUCUUAUCAUUAAUAUCGAGAUUUUGAACGAAGUUGGUGUAGGAUUUAAGUGACUUGUUAGCAUCUACGUGAUUAGAGAUAGAAUGAUUGAGAAUAGACUUCAACUUAGACUGGAGCAAAUCAUCUGUGGAUUGUAAAGUA